GCUCCGAGCUUCAGUCAUUUCAGACGGCAGCACAGGUGAGCCAGCUGAGAACCUCUCCUCCAGCAACUCUGAUUCCAGGAAGGAUCCAGUGCAGUGAGGGACUCUUCCAGCCCAGCAAGGAGCCCAGGAUGUUCCUGAAGGCUGUGGUCCUGACCCUGGCCCUGGUGGCUAUCACUGGUGCUCGGGCGGAGGUCAGUGCCGACCAGGUGGCCACCGUGGUGUGGGACUACUUUAGCCAGCUGAGCAACAACGCCAAGGAGGCCGUGGAGCAUCUCCAGAAGUCUGAGCUCACCCAGCAGCUCAACACCCUCUUCCAGGACAAACUUGGGGAAGUGAAUACCUACGCGGGUGACCUGCAGAAGAAGCUGGUGCCCUUCGCCACGGAUCUUCAUGAACGCCUGACCAAGGAUUCGGAGAAGCUAAAGGAGGAGAUUCGGAAGGAGCUGGAGGACCUGCGGACCCGGCUGCUGCCCCACGCCGAGGAGGUCAGCCAGAAGAUCGGGGACAACGUGCGACAGCUACAGCAGCGCUUAGGGCCCUAUGCGGAUGAGUUGCGCAGCCAGGUCAGCACACAGGCAGAGCAGCUGCGGCGCCAGCUGACUCCCUACGCGCAGCGCAUGGAGACCGUGCUGCGUGAGAACGUGGACAACCUGCAGACCUCGCUGACGCCCUACGCUGAUGAGCUCAAAGCCAAGAUCGACCAGAACGUGGCAGAGCUCAAGGGGCGCCUCACUCCCUAUGCGGAUGAGCUGAAGGUCAAGAUCGACCAGAACGUGGAAGAACUGCGCCGCAGUCUGGCUCCCUACGCGCAGGACGUCCAGGACAAGCUCAAUCACCAGCUCGAGGGGCUGGCCUUCCAGAUGAAGAAGAACGCCGAGGAGCUGAAGACCAAGAUCUCGGCCAAUGCCGAGGAGCUGCGGCAGAGGCUGGUGCCCGUGGCUGAGGAUGUACGUAACAAGCUGAAGGGCAACACCGAGGGGCUGCAGAAGUCACUGGCGGAGCUGAACAGCCACCUGGACCAGCAGGUGGAGGAGUUCCGCCGCAAAGUGGAACCCUACGGCGAGACCUUCAACAAGGCUUUGGUGCAGCAGGUGGAGGAGCUCAAGCAGAAGCUGGGCCCCCAUGCGGGGGACGUGGAAGGCCACUUGAGCUUCCUGGAGAAGGAUCUGAGGGACAAGGUGAACUCCUUCUUCAGCACCCUCAAGGAGAAAGAGAAUCAGGACACGCCGCUGGCCCUCCCCCAGCCGGAGCAGACGCAGGCCACCCAGGAGAGCUGAGCUGCCCUUGGUGCUCACGCCCCACCACUGGCACCUGCCCUGCCCUGCCGCCUGUCUGUCUAUCUGUCCCAAAGCAAUUCUUGUACGAGCUUGAGGACACAUGUCCUGUGGAAAGUGACACUUUCUCUCGCUACUCAAUAAAACUUGUGAGAAACUA